AUGUGUACUACUCGCAAUGCUGUGAAAUUCUAUGCGAACCUAGGCUGCAGCUGUUCGGUGCAGUCUGUGCUAGUGCCGACAGGACACCCUUUCUCGUUCCUCACACUUUCCCCCGGCUGCGUCAUCACUCAGAAAGGUGGGUGUCUUGCUACUGAUGUAACAGUCCUUACAUGGGAAUCCAGAGGUCCUGCUUAUCUGGAAUGAGAGCGAAUCAGAUUUCCUGUUUCAUUCCCACUAGGCAAUCAAUGUGGGACAUUUAGUCCAAUAGGUAUCCUUAGUGAUUCUAAACCUAACCCUUACCCUAACCCAUAACCCUAUCCUUAACUUAAUGUCCACACACUCUGGCUCAACCCUAAACCUACCACUACCUCUACCUGACACCUGUCACUGAACUAACCACUCACUGUUACCAAUGCAAAGGCUGACCUCUCCUGGCAAGAUAAGCUUAAUACAACUGUUUGUCAUAUACUAGUGUUACAACUUGAUUGCGCUACCUGUUUCCUCUGAUAAAAUCAGAUACCAUCCUUGCAACCCAACUGGAAGUCUUGCCAAACAUUUUUCAAAUGCCAGGUAUCCUUAUUCAUAUUCAAUGGGUGUGGGCAGUCCCAAAUGGAACCCUAUUCCCUAUAUAGUGCACUACUGUUGACCAAGUAGUGCACUAUAUUGCACACAAUGUCAGUGCAUACGUUUCUGCAGGGAGAUGGAGUGAUGGAGAAGGGACCUCCUGCGUUCUGUACAUUUAGUCCAGUAGCACCAAUACAAUGAGUCAGUCAGAACCCCCUCUGCUGGUACAGCAUGGUAUAAUGUCAUGACUCAGUGCAAAGGAUGGAUGAAUCAUCACGGCCAGUGCUAACUCCUUGCAUUUGCGAAUCACUAAGUGGUGAAUCCUAACUUCCCAUUGACGUUAAUGCAUGAUUUAGUGAAAUUUCUAUCGAAGUGGAAGUUUAGGAUUCACCCCUAAACUUAAUGUAUUUUGACUUUUUUUUAUGUAUUUUAAGAGUACUAUAGGUGCAGGUAGUAUGCUUUUGUCAGUCCCACAAGUCUCAAUAUUAGCUGGAUAGGAGUCCUACGUGUAUUGUUGUAUUGGGGACAAUGGCGAACAUGCAUUCUGCAGAAUCAGUACACUUGGUUCACACCUGGCUCCAGUUGGAGGGACAGAUCAGCUAAUUAGUAAAGAUGUUCCAAGCUGAUUAAGGUAUCACAAACGUCAGAUGAUUCAAUGUAGGACGGCUGCAAAGGCACCAACGCUUCCCUUCUUUCUUCUCCCUGCCUCUCUUUCUUUCUUUCUUUCUUUCUUUCUUUCUUUCUUUCUUUCUUUCUUUCUUUCUUUCUUUCUUUCUUUCUUUCUUUCUCUUAUGGAGAAAGAAUACUGCCAUCUCUCCUUCUCUCUUUCCCUCUCACACUCUCACGCCCCUCUCUCCCCCCUUUCUUUCUCUCUCUCCUCCCCUCUCACUCACUUUUGAGUUACAGUUCAUAUAAAGACAUCAGUCAAUUGAAAUAAAUUCAUUAGGCCCUAAUCUAUGGAUUUCAAAUGACUGGGAAUACAGAUAUGCAUAUGUUGGUCACAGAUACCUUAAAAAAAGGUAGGGGCAUGGAUCAGAAAACCAGUCAGUAUCUGGUGUGACCACCAUUUGCCUCAUGCAGCGCGAGACAUCUCCUUUGCAUAGAGUUGAUUGGGCUGUUGAUUGUGGCCUGUGGAAUGUUGUCCCACUCCUCUUCAAUGGCUGUGCAAAGUUGCUGGAUAUUUGCAGGAACUGGAACAUGCUGUCAGGGUUCUUGCAUUGGAAUUAUAUUGAAUUCUGUUUAUAUCACGCUAUACCACAAUAAACACAAAGUUCAAAUGCAGAGACUCUGAGACCAUUGAUUGAGUGCUUUUGCCAAGGGAGUGGGCUCACUCACAAUUUUGCCUAAGAACACAGCCAUGAAUAAAGAAUGAUACCAAAACAUCCUCAGAGAGUAACUUCUCCCAACCAUCCAAUAACAUUUUGGCGACGAACAAUGCCUUUUCCAGCAUGAUGGAGCACCUUGCCAUAAGGCAAAAGUGAUAACUAAGUGGCUCGGGGAACAAAACAUCGACAUUUUGGGUCCAUGGCCAGGAAACUCCCCAGACCUUAAUCCCAUUGAGAAUUUGUGGUCAAUCCUCAAGAGGCGGGUGGACAAAUAAAAACCCACAAAUUCUGACAAACUCCAAGCAUUGAUUAUGCAAGAAUGGGCUGCCAUCAGUCAGGAUGUGGCCCAGAAGUUAAUUGACAGCAUGCCAGGGCGGAUUGCAGAGGUCUUGAAAAAGAAGGGUCAACACUGCAAAUAUUGACUCUUUGCAUAAACAGAAUGUAAUUGUCAAUAAAAGCCUUUAACACUUAUGGAAUGCUUGUAAUUAUACUUCAGUAUACCAUAGUAAAAUCUGACAAAAAUAUCUAAAAACACUGAAGCAGCAAACUUUGUGAAGACCAAUACUUGUGUCAUUCUCAAAACUUUUGACCACGACUGUACACUAUCAUCUUUCAUUUAAACUUCCCCCAACAAUGCACAUCUUUAGCGCAUGCAAAGUUGAGCAUUCUUCACUUGCUGCUACACUUAUAAUAAUUAUAAUAAUAAUAAUAAUAUGCCAUUUAGCAGACGCUUUUAUCCAAAGCGACUUACAGUCAUGCGUGCAUACAUUUUUGUGUAUGGGUGGUUCCAGGGAUCGAACCCACUACCCUGGCGUUACAAGCGCCGUGCUCUACCAGCUACACUUCUACAGACAGACUGUGUCCCUCAGGUAGAGAGGGUUGGGAUGAGAAUGUUAUCCACUUUCCUCAAAGAGGAUUACAGCCUCCGGUAGCUUAGCUUCAUAAGGGGUGAGGGUAAGGAGAGCCCUGUUGUCUCCAGCAGCCAUCUGUCUGCUCAGUGUAGAGCUGAGAGGGGGGGCUCUCACUGAAGUGAAGAGGGAAUUCAGCAACUCUUGGAGGACAGUGGAAGUUGAUAGAAAUGUUUCUUUAUUGUUAAAAGCAACACAUUCUGGCCCUUAACGGUCAUCAGGGUUGCUCUCACUCACAUAAGGGCUAAUGGAGGGGAUGCUAGGAGUGGAUGUGUUUCUGUACCCUGACGGACUGAGAAUUGCUACACCAGAGGAUAUUAGGCAAUGGGAGCUGGAGACCGCCAGCCAGGUGUCCAGCCAGGUGUCUCAGGAACCACCCGUCCGACUCUUUGUGGCUCUUUUCCCAUACAACCCUGCUGCAAUGUCCCCAAACCCUGAGACCGCUGCGGAGGAGCUCCCUUUUGUGCCAGGGCAGAUCAUCAAGGUAGGGUACUGACUAGUUUAUCUGUACUGUAGAAUAUCAACCGUUGUGUUAUACAUGUUUAUACCAGGUGUUUAAACUGUCUAUAAACUAAUGAUUGACAGUUUAUAAACAACUUAUAAACUCCUUUUUAAAUACUCCUCUUUAGUAUACCUUAUGUAAAGAGUUACCUCCCAUUUUAAAGGGGUAGAUAUGAUCAAACCAAGUUUGAAUAUGGCUGGGUUAAUAUGAGGUAAGCAGAUUAUAAUCAGUUAUACAGUAUAUUGGAUUUUCUAGAUGCUGGUGUUUCCUGUUUGUUCUCUGUUAAUGCGUAGGCCUACUUGAUGUGCAAAAGCUGUGGUUUCCUCAUUUCCUGUCAUCAUUUGCAACUGGUUGAUGUUGAACCGAUAACUUUCCAAUCAUGUUCCUUUCUUUACACAUGCACAGUAGAGCUGUAUCAUUACCAAACAAAUCUCAUGAAAACAAAAUGGCUGACUGCUGUCUCUGUCUCUGCAAGGUGUUUGGAGAUAAAGACGAUGAUGGUUUCUACCACGGGGAGUCUGGUGGUCUGUCUGGUGUCGUGCCUAGUAACAUGGUAUCUGAGAUCCCAGUGGAUGAUGACUACCUCAAGCAUCAGCUCAUGCAGCAGGGUUUCCUGCCGGUCGACCUCACCUGUACAGGUAUCUCUUUCUCUCACUCUCGCUCACACUCUCUUUCUCACUCUCUCUCUGAAAUAAUUUAUAUAAAAAAUAAUCUGAGAUUUCAUAAUGAUGACAAUUGAGAUCUGGUGUGCGUCCCAAAGGCAACCUAUUCCCUAUAUACUGUAGUGUACUACUUUUGACCAGGGCCCUGGUGAAAAGUAGUACACUAUAUAGGGAAUAGGGUGCCAUUUGGGAUGCAGUCCUAGACUAUGAUGUAAUCCUUCAACUCUUGACCUCUGUGUUUCCCAUCAGAUCCCAGUGAGGAGUCCAGCGUGCUAGAUGACUUGGUCGUCCGCAGGAUGGUGGCCAUCUUUGAGUAUGACCCUUGGGAAAGUUCCCCCAACAUGGACAGCGACGUGAGUGUGGAACCAAAUUCACUUUAACUUUCUUAUUUUGUUUUUUUGAAUUUAGUGAACUCCAAUUCUGAGGUAAUCCCAGUUAUAGGGCCUUAAUGUGCAUAUUACAGCUACACCAAAUUAACAGUAACUUUUCCCCCAAUCAUUUUCUUGUAGGCUGAGCUCGCCUUCCGUGCAGGGGACAUAAUAUAUGUGUUUGGUGAGAUGGAUGAAGAUGGAUUCUAUUAUGUGAGUGCUGGACUGCAUUAAGUAGUCUUUGGGGAAAUUGAACCUUGUUUUCCAUUGCUUGUAUAUCUAAAUGACUACUGCUUUGCCAAUGUCUAAUCUCCAUCCAGGGGGACCUUCAUGGGCUGAGAGGUCUGGUGCCAUCCAACUACCUGGAACCACUACCAUGGGAAUAG